CUUUUUAUUCCCUCAAAAAGCUUUUUUCCAUUAUCACGCGGUCAUGCCCGCACCUACUUAUACCUGCUCACUCAACUUGUAACUCGUGACGGGAGAAGAAGACAUGUGAAGAAGAAAGAAAGAAUCGGAAGUAGCAUUGUGUUGAGAAAGGAGAGAUGUGGGAUAAUAUGUUGGUGUCUCUGGUUUUAGGUUUGGUUAUAGGCUACAUUGCUUGGGUACUCAAGUGGAAGGUGAACAAGGGAGAGAAGGGUCUUCCAUAUCGUCUUCCACCUGGGAGCAUGGGCUAUCCCAUAGUGGGGGAAACUUUUCACUUCUUUAAGCCCAACAAUUCCUUUGGUGUGCCUCCCUUCAUCCAUGAAAGGAAACAGAGAUAUGGGUCUGUGUUCAAGACAAGCAUAGUGGGAAGAACAGUGGUGGUGUGCACAGAAGCUGAAGAUAAUAACUUCAUAUUUCAGCAGGAGGGAAGACUGUUCAGGAGUUGGUACCCAGAGAGUUUCACCCAAGUCUUUGGGGAACAGAACGUUGGGUCUUUGCAUGGGUACAUGUAUAAAUACCUUCGCAACAUGGUUCUCACACUUGUUGGCCCAGAGCCCCUCAAACAGAAUUUUCUCCCUCAGAUACACCAAAACAUUCUCUCCGAAACAGCCCACUGGAACCACAGUGUUCUCGACAUUAAAGAAGCAUCUGCCUCGAUCAUUUUUGAUUUCACUGCCAAGAAGCUGAUCAGCUAUGAUCCUUCAACAGACGGGGGGCUUAGAAGGAACUUUGAAGCAUUCAUUCAAGGCUUGAUAUCAUUUCCACUUGACAUACCUGGAACUGCUUAUCAUCGAUGCUUAAAGGGCCGCAGCAGGGCGAUGGAUAAAUUGAAGAAAAUGCUUGCAAAGAGAAGAGAAAACCCGCAUCUUGAAAAUGCCGAUUUUUUCGAUCACUUGAUUAGUGAGCUCAACAAGCAGGGAACGCUGUUGACCGAAGACAUUGCCUUGGAUUUGAUUUUCGUUCUUCUGUUUGCCAGCUUUGAGACUACCUCCCUCGCUGUCACUUUAGCCCUUAAAUUUGUAACAGAAAACCCAAAAGCAUUAAAGGAGCUGCAGGAAGAACACGAAGCAAUUCUAGCACGGAAGGAAGACAAAGAAUCCGAACUCACUUGGACAGAAUACAAAUCCAUGAGAUUCACUUCCAAUGUGAUAAACGAGACAAUAAGACUGGCUAACAUUGUCCCGGGGAUGUUCAGAAAAGCAAUGAAGGAUGUUCAGAUUGGAGGAUAUAGUAUUCCAGCAGGAUGGACGGUGAUGGUCUGCCCCACAGCUAUGCACCUGGACCCUUUUGUCUUCCCAGAUCCGGUCUCUUUCAAUCCAUGGAGAUGGCAGGAUGCAGAAGAUUCCAACUCAAUAAUUGCCAAGCACUAUUCACCCUUUGGAGGCGGAAUAAGGUUCUGCGUUGGGACGGACUUCACCAAGUUAUACUUAUCUGUGUUUCUCCAUUGCCUUGUUACUCGAUACACGUGGAAGGCUGUGAAAGGAGGAGAGAUUUUGAGAACGCCAGGCCUUUCCUUCCCAAAUGGAUAUCACGUUCAUUUCCACUCAAAACCAGGCCACCCAAAUCUUUCUUAGGCAACAACCAUUGCUUUCUAGUGUAAAUAAGCACAGCGAUUGCAAAGCUUCGCUCAAGACCACAAAAGACUCGUGGCAUCCAAAUAUUCAGCUGAUCAAUAAUCUAAGAGAAAUAGCGAUUACCAACGAACUACGUGGUGUACGAAAUGCUGGACAAACAACCUUUUGUAGAUAUUUAAUUCCACAAUAGAUAUAAGCGUUUGUAUGGUUGGAAUUCGUUUUAUGCCCUAAUUUGGUAAAAUUUGUAUAUCUUUAUUAAGUUUUAUACUAUUUUUGAGUGGAAUGUCUUGAUAUAUGAAAUAUAUGGACAAAAAGUUUGUUGUUA